AUGGCUAUACAAGAUGAUGAAUGGUCGCAUAUCACCGACAUAAGCGAACGUCGCAAGGCGCAAAAUCGGAUCGCGCAGAGGAACUAUCGCUCACGGCAGCGUAUGCGUAUUGAGCUUGCGGAAGCGAUUUUGUUGGAUCUUCCACACUUGAAGUCAGCAGCCACACAGCAGAGGUGGAACGAGUUGAGUAGCGCUAGCGGCAGCAACUCCCGAUCUCGCAAGCCAGACUUCUUCGACACAUCGUAUCAACCAGACUCAACCGCCAGUUUAUUCGGCGUACCAGGUCUAGAGGAUUUCGAUUCAACUAGUUCUCCCACAAAUUUCGAUUGCAUUGCUACCGCGCAAAACUUGGUCGAUGCGCCGACAACAGCGACCCAGACAACCAUGUUGGCAGCAUCGCCAACAGAGACCCAACAUCAGACACGAAUGCAACUGCCAACAGCAGAUGCCUCGCCUCAAACUAAAUCGUCACAAAUUGAGCAGUGCUUGACACCCGCCGGCAGUCAAAGGCAUAGCCAUGACAGCCCGAGCGAUGUAUUCACAUGUCUCGACGAUGUCAACGUAGGCGGUCUACAUACCUUCCAACCUUACGAUCUUCAGCGACUGACUUUGGAUUAUCAGGACUCUGUCGAUUCUCCUAGCCUGUCGACGGAAGCAUCGAAGUCUGGCAGUGUUGCCAGCGGCUCGAGAUUAAAAGAGCUUGGUCCGUCCUCAUUCAUUGCAGGGGCCCGCGACUCUGUUUCCAUACACAAUGCCACACCAGCAUGCACACCACUGCUCAGCGCUGUGACGCGCGGCAACCUUGAGAUCGCGCGAAUGCUCAUCAACAAUGGAUGCAAAGUGGACGCCAAAAGCCGAUCAGGUAAAACCGCUCUCCAUCUGGCUGUUGAGAGAGGUGACACUGCUGCGGCUCGCACAUUGCUGGACCUCGGCGCCGACAUCACGAUACUAGAUGAGUCGGGAAUGAGCGUUUUCCACAGAGCAAUCAUCCGCGACGACAUUGAACAACUACGGGGCCUAUUGAAGUGGUGUGAAGAGAAAAGCCGACAGCAGCCUUUUGAGGGGCUUUUGGAGCGCUGUGUGAACAUCAAGGACACACAAAACAGAACGCUAGUGCAUUUGACCGUUUUCAUGGAGAAUGUUGAGAUUCUAAAAUUGUUGCUGCAGUACGGGGCGGACGUAAACGAGUAA